CCUCAACAGAACUUCCUCUUCACUCUUAAGCCCAAUUUUGUUUUAUGGAAUUGUAAUUUUUCUCUAUCAGGAUCGACAACAAGUGCGUCUUUUUUAUGUGGUCUUCAUCUUCUUAUCCUGCACUAAAAAAAACCCUCGUAACCACAGCGAACACCAAAUACAAAAAAAAAUAAUAUAUAGGGCUAGCAGAAAGACAUGAAAAAUAUAUCAACAAACCACGUAAAAAGAACGCACAGCAGCCCGCGUUCAUUCAAAUACAAAAAAAUAAGAAAGUCCUCAAAUACAAAAACAGAAGAAAAUAUAAAAACCAAAAACAUUUCCUUAUUCCGAAAGAUAUGAAAAAAAUAUAAAACAGCUUAAGGAGGAAAAAGUGACCUUCUCCCAUUUCUAACGAGCAGUAAGACUAAGUAAGAAUACGCCUUCUCUCUCAGCCAUCUCACGACGCCAGCCGGCGCGUUACUUUGUGAAGUAGUGUGUCGUCGUGAGAUGCUGAGAGGAGAAGAGGGCAAGCGAGGAAUUUGGUGCGUGAGCUUUUUGAAAUUUGGAGCGCUUGGCACGAGAGUGUUUGGCUUGAAAGAAUCGCACGGGAAACAACUCUCAGGAACAAAUCAACUUUUGAGCCAAAGCCUGUAGCUGCACUGCUUGUUUUUUUGGGGAACGUG